AUGCAUUCCACCCUUUUUCUCACCUUCGCCGCAGCCCUAACUGGCCUCGUCUCAGCAGACGACAAAUCAACUACGGUCCCCUACUUCGGAGCAGUUAUCGGCCUCACACAACCAACCUAUUCUGGCACGGUCGGCAGCGUAGCAGGUAUCAACGCGAAAGCAACAACCUAUCACAUCAGCUGCGAGAAGGACGCGCCCAAGUCCCUCUGCCAAAUCGAUAAGCCCUGGACCAUGAUCCAGGGCGAGGAGACCUACAGUCUGACGGGUGUUUACACGGCCUGGAGCUCGAAGUCCAAUGCAGUCACUGCUACCCACAUGUCUGCAUGCUCAUUCAAGCAUUUCUCUGAGUCUGCCUCUUGUUCCAUGAGUGUCGGGGUGACGGGUACCCAGGGUGGUGGGAAAUGGUCGAGUUCUACGUCCACUAAGACAAGUAUUGCUAGUGAUAAGGUUACGCGUUAUGGAUUGAAGGUUACGGGAGGGUUGGAGUCGUUCACGAAGCCGCAGGCUACAGAAUCACCUGGUGCUGCUGCUGCUGUUGGACCUGUGAACGCUAAGGCCGUUGUUACGGGUAUGCCGUUGGCUGGGGCGGCCGCUGUUGCUGUUGCUGCUAUGUUUUAA